AUGCCACGGCUCCAACUUUGGUAUGGGAGAAAAGCCAUAAGAGAAACAGGAGGUAAAGAGCACGUCCAGCCCCACGACCAAGAGAUCCACGUGCUCCACGUCGAAGUCAGUGAUUUGCUUAUGAGAUGUACCUUGGAUUCCAUAUUCAAAGUUGGGUUUGGAAUAGGCCUGAAUUGCUUGGAGGGGUCAAGCAAAGAAGGGAUUGCAUUUAUGAAGGCCUUUGAUGAAUCAACUGCUCUGUCCUACUUUCGUUACGUUGAUCCAUUCUGGAAACUGAAAAGAUUUCUCAACCUCGGUUCCGAGGCCUCCCUUAAACAGUAUGUCAAAGUCAUUGAUGAUUUUGUGCACCAAAAUGACAAGGACAUACUAUUGAGGUUUUUACUGGAGAGCGAGAAGGAUCCAGAUGAAAUGAAUGACAAAUAUCUAAGGGACAUCAUUCUGAAUUUUAUGAUUGCUGGCAAAGACACCAGUGCAAAUACACUCUUAUGGUUCUUUUACCUGCUCAGCAAGAACCCUCUAAUACAGGAAAAAGUUGUACAAGAAGUGAGGGAUGUCGUUGGCAAUCACAUUGGUAAAGCGAAAAUCGAUGAAUUUGUGGCGAACAUAACUGAUGCAACUCUUGAACAAAUGCAUUAUCUUCACGCGGCACUGACAGAGACGUUGAGGCUAUACCCUGCAGUUCCCAUUAGUGAGAAAAGGAGAUGGAGCAUGACCUAUGCCAUGGGCAGAAUGCCUUAUAUUUGGGGAAAAGAUGCUGACGAUUUCCGACCUGAAAGAUGGCUAAACAAUGGAAUUUUCCAGCCUGAAUCACCCUUCAAAUUCGUCGCAUGUCACUUUAACUUGUGCUAUUUUCCGGUAGGUCCUCGGAUCUGUCUAGGGAAGGACUUUGCUUACCAGCAGAUGAAGAUAAUAGCGAUCGCUCUUCUUUGCUUCUUCCGCUUUAAAUUGGCUGAUGAAACGAAAAGUGUAACAUAUACGACCAUGUUCACCCUAGACAUACAUGGCAGUCUCCCUAUGCUUGCAGUUCCAAGGACAGCCUGA